AUGACCCCCACUCGCCUGUUAGUGCUGCUGCUGUUCCUCGUGGGCGCCCCUGCCGCCGCCGCCGAGUCGAUCCGAGAGACCGAAGUCAUCGACCCCAAGGACCUGCUAGGAAGCCGAUACUUCUCUGGAGUAUUGCCGGAUGAUGAGGAUAUUGGGGGUCCUGGGCAGGAACCCGAUGACUUUGAGCUGUCAGGCUCUGGAGAUCUGGAUGACUCAGAGGACCCCAGACUCUCCCCUAAAGUCAGAGUCAUCCAACCCUUGGUGCCUCUAGAUAACCACAUUCCUGAGAGGACAGGGCCUGUGAACCGGGUCCCCUCUGACCCCAAGGAGCUGGAGGAGAAUGAGGUCAUCCCCAAGAGGAUUGCGCCCUUUGAUGGUGAUGAGGACGUGUCCAACAGGGUGUCCAUGUCCAGCACUGUCCAGGGUGGUGGCAUUUUUGAGAGGACAGAGGUCCUGGCAGCUCUGAUCGUGGGUGGCGUCGUGGGCAUUCUCUUUGCCACAUUCUUGGUCCUGCUGCUGGUAUACCGCAUGAAGAAGAAGGACGAAGGCAGCUAUGACUUGGGCAAGAAACCCAUCUACAAAAAAGCCCCCACCAAUGAGUUCUACGCAUGA